AUGCCUCCCAAAGUCACCAAGAAGCCCGUCGCUCCCGCCGACCAUCCUGCUUACAAGGAUAUGAUCAAGGAUGCUAUCCUCACGCUCAAAGAACGCAACGGAAGCAGUCGCCAAGCGCUCAAGAAGUACAUCAUGAGCAACUUCAAGAUCAAGGCCACCAACUUUGAGACCCAGUUCAACUCCGCCCUCAAGCGCGGUGUCACCGCCGGCGACUUUGUCCAGCCCAAGGGUCCCUCAGGAACCGUCAAGCUGCAGAAGAAGGAGCCAGUCCCUAAGAAGGAGGCCGCCCCUAAGGAGAAGAAGCCUGUUGCCCCCAAGAAGGAGAAGAAGCCUGCUGCUCCUAAGAAGGAGAAGAAGGUCGCUGCCCCUAAGAAGGCUGCCGUCGCCAAGAAGCCUGCUGCUAAGAAGGCCGCCCCUAAGAAGCCUGUUGCUGCGAAGAAGGCUGCUCCUAAGAAGGCUGCUGCUCCCAAGAAGGCCGCCGCUAAGCCCAAGGCCCUCAAGGCUAAGCCGGCUGGCGUCAAGAAGGCUGCCCCAAAGAAGGCCGCUCCUAAGAAGGCUGCCCCUAAGAAGGCCGCUGCGAAGAAGGCUAAGGCGUAA